GCAAGUCCGUAUGCAUUUAGACACACUCAGACUUUCCAGAGGACUUCUAGAUCAGAAGAGGCAGAGCUCUGAAUCAUCAGCCCAGAGAGGAGAGGGGAGGAGAGGCUAGAUCAGCCAGCAUCUGCAACAACAACACGGCGCAGAUACCCAGCAUCAGCCACAGAGAUAGAGUACAGAUCAUAGAAGCGAGGGCGAGGGACACAUCGCGUUCUUUUGUUUAACAUAGUGAUCAGAAAGUCAAGAUGGCAGCAGACGAGACAACAAGCUUGCUGGAGGAGGGAGAGGCCAACGUGGAGCAGGCCAACGGAGGGCCGGACAGCCCAGCAGACAGGGAGCCCCCCGGGUCACGGGGCAAGAUGGUGCGUGUUGAACUGGAGUGGGAGAUCCCCAUGUCUCUGUCACUGCCCAUCCUGGUGGAGCCCGACGCGGCACACCAGCCUUUUCCCUUCCUGGACACGACCCUGGCCGACCUGGGCAUCCAAGAGUCAGAGGUGAAGGAGAGGGUGGUGUGGGUCGACACCAAGAAGACCCAGGUUAAGAACAAAGCAGGGAAGCUGAAGGAGAAAGAGAUCACCAUCCUGGAGGUGAGAGUGAAAGCCCAGAAGCCGGGAGACAAACAGCUCCAGGAGGUCCUGUACAGCACUGAGGCGCACACUGACCGCUCCUUCUGUCGUACAGGAAUGGAUAUCCUGCCCUGGAAACACACGAAUACAGGGGAGAAUGGACUGACACCGGUGCAGAUGACUAUGGCGUUGGACGUGGAAAACCAGCAGCCUGACUCCACUGAGGCCCAGGGACAACGGGAGAUCUGAGGAGCAACAAAGAGUCGCCAUCAUCCAAAACAGAAUGCAGAUUUAAAAGGUGCCGUAGGUAGGAUUGUGAAGAUCCAGGACUUAGCCAAAACAUUUGAACAAUGACAACUUCUCAGUCCCUC